AUCAAAACCAUAGAAGCAAUGAUUGGGAAAAAAUUGUGAUCACUCGCGAUUAAUGGGCAAUUGUGGAGGUUUUCGAUUUUUUCCCCAAAAAAUCAGCAAACUCGCGUUGAUCAAUUUUCAAUGAUUUUUUGUCCAGUUAAAACAUGAAAAAAUCAGAGGUGUAACUGGCAAAAAAUCGUGUCCACGAAAAACCCUAAAAAUGCAUAAAAAAGGCGUGAAAAGUUUUGCGAAAAAUGUUAUAAAUAAGAUGCUGAUGUUGCUUCUUCAUCAACGAACGCCUUAUAUUGCUUGUUUAAGCAAAAACAUCCUUCGAGAUAGCAGGGAUUCCGACGUUUGCUGUUGAUUGUGACGGGGAGAUGAGGGAUUUCGUUGGUUGAGACCCAAAGCUGCGACUCGGAAGUUGUGACCUGAAGCUGCAACCUACAAUUCCGUGGAGACCCAUCCGUUGUAGAGCAUCCGAUGAAGCCAGCAGGUCCACUUGAGAUUUACAAGUCUAAGGUGAGGGAAGGGACACUGAAGUAUGAUCCUCAGCAGGAAAUGGUAGCUGCAGGAUUACAAGAUCUUCUUGGGCAGUUGCACCAAUAUGAGAAAGAUAUGGAGAAUUAUUGUGCAAGGCUAAGGGAGUGGAAAACAAGGAGAGAACAAUUAAGACGAGAGCUUCUAAUUGAGGAGGCAGAAAGACAGCAGAAGGGUGGUCUAUGGAAAAUUGUUGCGAACAUGAGUGAUAGCCAGAUUGUAAAUUUUUUUUCACGGAAGAAGAAAGAAAGGGCUGAGCCAGGUACAGGAAGAAUGGUAUCUUACCUGAAGCGGGAGAAAAGGUUGGAUUCUCUUGUUGGUUCUUGUCCAGUUGUGCCGCCUGCUCCUAAAGGACUGUACUUGUAUGGAAAUGUUGGUUGUGGAAAGACUAUGCUAAUGGACAUGUUUUAUAAUGCUACCAAGGGAGUUGUAAGACAUCGAUAUAGGCUGCAUUUUCACGCGGCAAUGCUUGAUGUUCAUGCUCGUAUGCACAAGAUUUGGCAAAGUCAAAAAUAUGAACAAAAUCUACAGGCAAGAUUUUCUGGUUGGAUUGCAAACCUUCCAUUUGAAGGGACCGUGAAAGAAUGGCUAUCUGUACAGGAUAAAUAUGAACAAGAGCUACAUCUGGACAAUAUUCUUUCUACUGCAGCAGACAGUCUUCUGAACAUUGGAGAAGACAGUAAUAUGGAAGGGGCAUCUGUCCUCUGUUUUGAUGAGAUUCAGGCAGUGGAUGUAUUUACAGUUGUAGCCCUUUCAGGAAUUAUAAGUAGACUACUGAAUAGGGGAAUCAUCUUAGUUGCAACGAGCAAUCGAGCUCCAGAAGAUCUAAAUCAGGAUGGUAUGCAGAAGGAAAUAUUUGUGAAGUUCAUUAGAGAACUAAAGAGACAUUGUCAGAAUGUAUUGGUUGGAUUUGAAACUGAUUACAGGCGUAUAUUAGCAGAUACAAAUUUUAUUAAGGGACAAUUCUUUUGGCCACUGAAUUCACAAUCGCAUUUCAAAUUUGAAAAAUGUUGGCAAGACCUAACAAGCCAAGUUGGUGGUCCAAUUAUUUCCACCACUAUCUCUGUGAUGUUUGGAAGGCUAUUUGAGAUUCCAGAGAGUUGCAAUGGUUUGGCACGCUUCACAUUUGACCAACUAUGUGCUUGUCCGGUGGGAGCAGCAGAUUACAUUGCAAUUGCUCAAAAUUUCCAUACUGUAUUUAUUGCAAAUAUUCCAACAAUGAGCAUGAAAAUCAGUGACAAGGCAAGAAGGUUUAUUACACUUGUCGAUGAACUCUACAAUCAUCAUUGCCGACUUAUUUGCACUGCAACCUCAUCCAUUGAUGAUCUAUUUCUAGGAACUGAUGAAGGAAUGUUGUUUGACUUGGAGAGUUUUCAAUUUGAAACUGAGAUGGAGGGAACAAAACUGCGGCGUGAUGUAUUAUCAUCUGGUGAUGUGGCACCUAUUGCAUCAACUAAUGAAGAACGCACAAGCAUUCAUUCUCUUCUUUCUGGACGUGAGGAGAUGUUUGCCUUCCGGAGAGCAGUAUCAAGGCUGAUAGAAAUGCAAACACCAGCAUAUCUUGAAGGAGUGAGGCUUCACCCUCAGUUUCAAGGAAUUUAGUAAGUCUUAACAUGUGGGUCAUUGCUUAGUUUCUUGCCAAGAAAAUUAUCCCUCUAGUACAGCUACUUAUAUAGUCCGCAUUUUAUGGUAUGAAAGUUGUGUCCUUUCUUCCGAGAAUUCUAAUGUGUCCUUCUGGCCAGAUUUAGUCAUUUACUAAUUCCUUGAAUUUAUUCUCUUGCAUUGCUAGAAUUUUUUCUCAGAAGUAACUAGAAAGCUUGAAGCAAAAGUAUGUCUGAAGUCAUAUUUUAGUUCUAAAAUAUGUCUGAAGUCAUGUUUUAAUUCUAUCUUAUUGCAGUAAUAAUCAAUUAUCCUUGUUUCGAGGUAUUAUAAUUUAAACCUCAAACAUCUCUGAUGCAUGUAUUAAUAUUUGUGCUGCCUUCCCAUUUGUGGCAGCAAAAAUUGAGAACAUACUAAUGCAUUUAUUGAAAGUAAUAAGGCGUUAUUUCAUC